AUGGAGAGAGCUGGGGACCAGACCCCCGGGAACCCCGAGCCAUCCUCCCUGGCGACUCUGGGUGACCCACAGGUGACCCUGCUGACUGUCCACAAACGGUGGUCCUUCAAGAGGAGCCCUGGGAUCGGGGGCUCCAGCAGGCCGGUGAUUUCAGAGGAGGAAUGCCCUCCCCCAUCAGAGGAAGGAGAAUUUUCACAGAAGGUUUUGAAUGGAUCGGAAGAGAUCAGUUCCAAGCAGAUCCUGUCUAAGCUUUUCCAGCCAGCGAUGAAGCAGAGCUUUGCCUUUGACAACAAUGGCUACGAGGAUGACCUGGAUGGCGUGUGCCCCUCCCAGACGGCCGCUGGCACCAUCAGCAUCGUGGGCAUGACCUGCCAGUCGUGUGUCAAGUCCAUCGAGGGCAGGGUCUCCAGUUUGAAAGGCAUUGUGAGCAUUAAGGUUUCCCUGGAGCAGGGCAGCGCUGAGGUGAGGUACGUGCCCUCAGUGGUAAGCCUGAUGCAGAUUUGCCAUCAGAUUGAAGACAUGGGCUUCCAGGCCAGUGUGGCCGAGGGAAAGGCCACCUCCUGGGCCUCCAGGGUCUCGCCCACCUCGGAGGCCGUGGUCAAGCUUCGGGUGGAGGGCAUGACCUGCCAGUCCUGUGUCAGCUCCAUAGAAGGCAAGAUCGGGAAACUGCAGGGUGUCGUGAGGGUCCGCGUCUCGCUCAGCAACCAGGAGGCAGUCAUCACUUACCAGCCUUACCUUAUCCAACCCCAAGACCUCAGGGACCACAUAACUGAUAUGGGGUUUGAAGCCGUCAUCAAGAACAAGGUGGCCCCGGUAAGCCUGGGACCCAUAGACGUCAGGCGGCUCCAGAGCACCCUCUCAGCGGCCCCUCCAGCUCCCGUUAAUCAGAAUGGCAAUAACUCUGAGACCCCGGGAGGCCAGGGGGUCCCCCUGCACCUGAGAGUGGAUGGAAUGCACUGUAAAUCUUGUGUCCUGAACAUUGAAGACAAUAUCGGCCGCCUCCCCGGGGUUCAGAGUAUUCACGUGUCCCUGGAGAGCAGGACUGCCCGAGUCCAGUACGACCCUUCUCUCGUCUCCCCAGGGGCCCUGUGGAGGGCCAUCGAGGCCCUGCCUCCUGGGAACUUUAAAGUCUCUUUUCCCAAUGGGGCGGAAGGGAGUGGGCCAGACUCCAGGACCCCGCCGGCGCCCAGUGCGCCCUGUACCAUGAUGCUAGCCAUCGCUGGCAUGACCUGCAAGUCCUGCGUCCAGUCCAUCGAAGGCCUGAUCUCCCGGAGGGCGGGCGUGCACCAGAUCUCAGUCUUUUUGGCCGAAGGAACUGCAGUGGUUCUCUACGAUCCAUCUCGAACUCACCCAGAAGAACUGCGAGCCGCGGUGGAGGACAUGGGAUUCGAGGCCUCCAUCCUGGCUGAAAACUGUUCCAGCAACCAGGUUGGCAACCACAGUGCUGGGAGUGCCAUGGGGCCUGCGGCAGCUGGCACACCUGUGCCCAUGCAGGAAGAGGCUCCCGAGCCAGGGGGACUCCGCACUAACCACAUCCCUCGCCAGUCGCCCAAGUCCCUCCCGGCCUCCACCACGGUGGCCCCAAAGAAGUGCUUCCUACAGAUCUCAGGCAUGACCUGUGCGUCCUGUGUGUCCAACAUAGAGAGGAACCUGCAGAAAGAACCUGGGAUCCUGUCCGUGCUGGUUGCCCUGAUGGCGGGAAAGGCAGAGGUGAAGUACAACCCGGAAGCCAUCCAGCCCCUGGAGAUAGCAAAGCUCAUCCAGGACCUGGGCUUUGAGGCAGCAGUGAUGGAAGACUACACGGGCUCGGAUGGCGACCUCGAGCUGAUGAUUACGGGGAUGACCUGCGCCUCCUGUGUUCACAACAUAGAGUCCAAACUCAGGAGGACAGAAGGCAUCACCUACGCCUCUGUGGCUCUUGCCACCAGCAAAGCCCACGUGAAGUUUGAUCCUGAAAUUAUUGGACCACGGGACAUUGUCAAACUUAUCGAGGAAAUUGGCUUUCGUGCCUCCCUGGCCCAGAGGAUCCCCAGCGCUCAUCACUUGGACCACAAGGUGGAAAUAAAGCAGUGGAAGAAUUCUUUCCUGUGCAGCCUGGUGUUUGGCAUCCCCGUCAUGGGUUUAAUGAUCUAUAUGUUGAUACCCAGCCAUGAGCCUCAGUCCUCGGUCCUGGACCACAACGUCGUCCCAGGACUGUCCAUCCUGAAUCUCAUCUUCUUUAUCUUGUGCACCUUUGUCCAGUUCCUCGGCGGCUGGUACUUCUAUGUCCAGGCCUACAAAUCUCUGAGACACGGGAUGGCCAACAUGGACGUGCUCAUCGUGCUGGCCACGAGCAUCGCCUACGUGUACUCCCUCGUCAUCCUGGUGGUGGCCGUGGCCGAGAAGGCCGAGAGGAGCCCCGUGACUUUCUUUGACACGCCCCCCAUGCUCUUCGUCUUCAUCGCCCUGGGGCGGUGGCUGGAACAUGUGGUGAAGAGCAAAACCUCAGAAGCGCUUGCCAAACUCAUGUCUCUGCAAGCCACGGAAGCCACUGUCGUGACCCUUGGUGAAGACAACGUGAUCAUCAGGGAGGAGCAGGUGCCCAUGGAGCUGGUGCAACGAGGUGACAUCAUCAAGGUGGUCCCUGGGGGCAAGUUUCCCGUGGACGGGAAAGUCCUAGAAGGCAACACCAUGGCCGACGAGUCCCUCAUCACAGGAGAGGCCAUGCCCGUCACCAAGAAGCCCGGAAGCAUGGUAAUCGCCGGGUCCAUGAACGCCCAUGGCUCUGUACUCAUCACUGCCACCCACGUGGGCAAUGAUACCACCUUGGCCCAGAUUGUGAAGCUAGUGGAAGAGGCCCAGAUGUCCAAGGCACCCAUUCAGCAACUGGCUGACCGGUUUAGUGGAUAUUUUGUCCCAUUUAUCAUCAUCAUUUCAACUGUGACGUUGGUGGUAUGGAUUGUAAUCGGUUUUAUCGAUUUUGGUGUUGUUCAGAAAUACUUUCCUGCCCCCAGCAAGGGCAUCUCCCAGGCCGAGGUGGUCCUGCGGUUCGCAUUCCAGACGUCCAUCACGGUGCUCUGCAUCGCCUGCCCCUGCUCGCUGGGCCUGGCCACGCCCACGGCCGUCAUGGUGGGCACCGGGGUGGCCGCCCAGAACGGCAUCCUCAUCAAGGGAGGCAAGCCCCUGGAGAUGGCCCACAAGAUAAAGACCGUGAUGUUCGACAAAACCGGCACCAUUACCCACGGGGUCCCCAAAGUCUCGAGGGUCCUCCUGCUCGUGGACAUGGCCACGCUGCCGCUGCGGAAGGUGCUCGCUGUGGUGGGGACCGCGGAGGCCAGCAGCGAGCACCCCCUGGGCGUGGCAGUGACCAGAUACUGUAAAGAGGAACUUGGCACGGAGACCCUGGGGUGCUGCAUGGACUUCCAGGCGGUGCCCGGCUGUGGAAUCAGCUGCAAAGUCAGCAGCGUGGAGAGCAUCCUUGCCCAGGGCGAGCGCCCGCAGGGCCCACCAACUGCUCACCAGAACAGAGUCGGCAGCGACCCUGCAGAAGCAGACGCGGCCACACAGACCUUCUCUGUGCUGAUCGGAAACCGGGAAUGGAUGAGGCGCAACGGCCUGACCGUCACCAGCGAUGUCCGCGAUGCCAUGACUGACCACGAGACAAAGGGCCAGACGGCCAUCCUGGUCGCCAUCGAUGGUGUACUGUGCGGCAUGAUCGCCGUUGCAGACUCGGUCAAGCAGGAGGCCGCCCUGGCCGUGCACACGCUGAAGAGCAUGGGCGUGGACGUGGUGCUCAUCACCGGGGACAACCGCAAGACAGCCAGGGCCAUCGCCACCCAGGUUGGCAUCAACAAAGUCUUUGCAGAGGUGCUGCCUUCUCACAAGGUGGCCAAGGUCCAGGAGCUGCAGAACCAGGGGAAGAGAGUGGCCAUGGUGGGCGACGGCGUGAACGACUCCCCGGCACUGGCGCAGGCCGACGUGGGCAUUGCCAUCGGCACGGGCACUGACGUGGCCAUCGAGGCGGCUGACGUUGUCCUCAUCAGGAAUGACCUGCUCGAUGUGGUGGCCAGCAUCCACCUCUCCAGGAGGACCGUCUGGAGAAUACGGCUCAACCUGGUGCUGGCGCUGAUCUACAACCUGAUCGGGAUCCCCGUCGCGGCAGGUGUCUUCAUACCCAUUGGCGUCGUGCUGCAGCCGUGGAUGGGCUCGGCGGCCAUGGCGGCCUCCUCCGUGUCUGUGGUCCUCUCGUCACUGCAGCUCAAGUGCUACAGGAAGCCGGACCUGGCGCGGUACGAGGCGCAGGCGCACGGCCACAUGAAGCCCCUGAGCGCGUCGCAGGUCAGCGUGCGCGUCGGCAUGGACGACCGCCGGCGCGACUCCCCGCGGGCCUCGGCCUGGGACCAGGUCAGCUACGUCAGCCAGGUGUCCCUGUCCCCCCUCAAGUCCGACAAGCUGUCCCGGCACAGCGGCGCGGCCGACGACAGGGGCGACAAGUGGUCUCUGCUCCUGAAUGACCGGGACGAGGAGCAGGGCAUCUGA